AUGUCCUUGAACGUCUUCACCACCGAAUCUAUCGGUGUCAGAAACCACGUAGCAAUCUACAUCGAAACAGACCCGUCCACCGACAGCGGCUGGCUGCACCACGUCACAGGAACAAUCCUCAAUGGCAUGGACUACACACCCCGACCAACCUGCAACCCAAAGGGAUUACCAGAAUAUGUUCCUGAUUCGCAAAAGAAGAUUGCCAUGAUCAACGAGGGAGAUCUAGAGCGCUUUCGUGUGGAGUGCUGUUUGGCUGUUCCGCCCCCGCGGCCUCAGGUUACACUUGGUGGUAAGCGGCUGUAUCCUGAUACACCGCUAUAUCGCUGUAGGCAUUGGCUUAAGGAUGUUGAGAAACUGGCCUUUGAGAAGGGGAUCUUUAAGCAGCUUUGA